AUGGUCCGCUUCAGCAAGGAAGACGAGAUACUGCUCUACAUUACCAGAGCUACGGCCGAGGAGCUGGGAACAGGCUCCUGGGAUGUCUGCACAAUCAUCUUCAACCGCUUAGCUUCAAAACCUCGGACGCAGGACGGGCUGACUGCUGCGUAUCGCAGUCUCAAGAGAAGCACGAAGAAAAGCAAGCUGAAAGCCAGAGCGCGUGACGCUACAUGGCGCGCAACGAGGGAGCAGGUGGAGAGGUGGUUGCGCGAAAAGAAGGACGCUCGCCCAAACGACCUGAUACCGCGCUCUGACCGACUGGAUAGCGAAGACAGUGUAGAGAUGGUGUGUCCAGCUCCUCAGCGGACGCUCGUGCUACCUUUUACGGAGUGGAGCGGUGCGAACACACAAAUGGAUCUCGGUGUGCACGCAGCCUUCCUCCCGCAGCAGGGCGCUUUAUCUGAGGAGCAAUGUUGGGCGGCAGAUGGUUGUGUUUCCAAUGCAGCGCUGUGGCCUGUGCAGGCUGCAGAGUACCCUUUUGCCAACGGCACCGCGGCUGGAUUUGACGCUACAUUCAUGUACGGAGCUGUCAACAAAGACAUCGAACCCAUAUACGGAGAGGACAGCUCAGCCACGUACAACGCGGGCAAUUGGGCCAGGUGUGGAGCAGGGGGCUCCUGUUUGUAUGGAGCAGGCGGCUCAGCCAUGUAUGAAGACAACCCGUACUUCCCCGGUGCGGGUACGUCCAGCUACAUAGCGAGCAGCCCGGCCGACUACGCACCGAUCCCGACAGAGUCUCUCAGUGAGUCUUCGUCGUCGUCGUUUGGGCAGGCCGUACCUGCGCACACGCAUCUCCAAGACCUCGACGUGGAGUCGACGAGCAUCAUGCAAAAUUUCACUUGGCAGGAAACAGGAGGCUUGAUGUCAUCAGAACAGUUGAAUUCGCUGCUGGAGAGGUAUGAACCCGGCUUCCAUGCUAUCUAG